AUGCGUGUUUGUAAUUAUUGUCGUCAACUUAUUAAAGAUUAUGGUGAGGAUUCUGAUUCUGAACCAGAAUAUUGGAAUCCAGAAAAACCUGAUUUUUCAAAUCAUGCUGUUCCAAGGUUACAUAUUACUCAGCCUAUGCCAACUGACAAUCACACUAUUCCAUCAAGUGCAACGUCUGAAUUAACUUCUUCUACUAUUAAUUCUCACCUUUCUCCACGUCCUCCUUCUCCUGAUACUCUCUCUUUGAAUGAUGGUUUAAAAAAAAUUAUUUCUGUUGGCUCUUCUUUAUUUAUGUCAAGGUCAAGAUCUAAUACUAUAACUGAGGAUUCCCAUAUUGUAGGAUUACCUUCUUCCCCUGCUCCUUUUCGACGUAGUCUUGCUGAAGAUGAUAAAAAUACUCCUGCCGCAAAUCCUGAAGCUCUUUGUUACUAUGAAUCGGCUACUCCGACCCCUGCCGUUUCUGAAUAUGCUGGUAGUGAUGAUGAAGCUAGUGAAUAUGGUUCAAGAUCUUCUUUACGUUCAAUGCCAAAAGGUCAACGUGCUGAGGAUAUAAGAAGUCAUUUUGCUAGAGAUAAAAGUUCUUCGAGACGAUGGAGUAUUAAUAGUAAUCGUUCAUCCAGAGUAGGUAAAAAAAGAAGUGGUUUACUCAGACAAAUUAAUCCAAAUAGUGUGCCUAUGGAAAUGUCUUGUUCUGUAGAAUCUAGACCUUCAUCUCCAUUUAGUAUGCGACAUUCUAGAACUACUUCUAUGCAAACUAAAACUGAAAUUAGUCCAAUUUCCCUACAACAUAUGAGACAAUUAUUACGUCAAUUUUUACGGGAAUCCGAAAUUGAUUUAUCCGAAGGUUGGGAGGAUGUAAUAAUGGCUUUGAUGACAAAAGUUUCUAAUAAUUUAAAUCCAAAUGUUCGUGGUGGUGAUGAGAUUGACAUUCGACAUUAUGUAAAAAUUAAAAGAAUUCCGGGUGGUACACCUCAAGAUUCUGAAUAUGUUCAUGGUGUUGUAUGUGCAAAAAAUUUGGCUCAUAAACAAAUGUCAAGGGCUCUUCAUAAUCCUAGAGUUCUUAUUUUAACUUUUGCUUUGGAAUAUCAUCGAGUGGAGAAUCAAUUAAUGUCAUUGGAACCGGUUAUUGCCCAAGAAGAAGAACAUUUACGUCUAUUGGUCAAUAGAAUUGCUGCAUUACGUCCUCAUUUAGUUUUAGUUGAAAAAACAGUCGCUCGUAAGGCUUUGCAAAUGUUGUUAGAAAAAAAUAUUGCAGUUGCUUUAAAUGUUAAGGCAUCUGUUAUUGAAGCUGUUGCUCGUUGUGCACGAGCUGAUAUCAUUCAAUCUAUCGAUAAACUUGCUAUAGAACCAAAAUUGGGCAAUUGUGGAAAGUUUUUGGUUAAAACUUUUGACCAUCAACUUAUUCCAGGUCGACGAAAGACUUAUUUAUUUUUUGAAGAAUGUCCUAAAGAUUUAGGUUGUACUAUUGUUUUACGAGGAGGAAAUAUGGGAAUUCUUGAAAAAGUAAAACGUAUCGCCGAUCUCAUGGUUUUCGUGGUAUAUAAUUUAAAAUUAGAGACUGCUCUGAUAAUGGAUCAAUCCGCAAAAACACCUGAUUUUAUUGAAGAUCUUCAAAUUACUAGUCAUGAUUACUUUUCUGUUAAAUGUGAUGAGUUGGAUCCAUUAGGACCAUAUGAAUCAACUAUACUUUCAGUGUCCCCAUUUAUUAAAUUCCCACCACCUUAUUUAUUGACAAGAAUGAAGCAAGCUGAACAAAGGCUUGCGGAUUUGGUACAAAAACGUAAUUGGUCUUCAAAUAAAGAUGGUGAUAAACAACAUUCGGCACCAUCUACUUCUGUUGGACUUUCAGGUAUUUUACGUACUCCUGAGCAAGUUAUAGCUGAAGCAGAAUUUUCUGAUGCCAUCCAUGAUCAUAUCUUUCAGACACGUGCUUGGGAAAGUUAUGUAUAUAAUAAUAUUGUUAGCCCAUAUGCACAUCAAAAUAUAUCGGUGUUGUAUUCUAAAGUUUGCACUGUGAAUGGAAAUCCAUGCAAUGAGCCCGAGAUUUUGGUUAUGGAAUAUUAUCGCGAAUCUGAUCGUACACUUGGACAAUAUAUAGAAGGCAUGUGUUCAAGGUCUAAUGUAUUAUGUACUGCGUGUGAUCGUCCGCUAUUCAUGCAUUAUCACUGGUUUUGUCACGGAAAUUCACGAAUUACCGUGUAUAUUGACGAAAAUACAAAUCUCCCUCACCUAAAUGUGGAUCAAAUAUUCUUGUCUACUCAUUGCAAAAAAUGUGACGUUGUGACACAACCUACAUUAAUGAGUGAAGAUACAUGGAAAUAUUCAUUUGGAAAAUAUUUAGAACUUUCUUUUUAUCAAACAGAAGUUAAAAGCCGUAUAGAAAAAUGCUCGCAUAAUAUUUUUCAUGAUCAUGAUUUAUUCUUCCAUUUUAAUAAGCUUACGGUUAGAUUUCGAUAUGAGUCAAUCGAACUUAAAGAAGUAUAUGCACCACCUAUGCAUCUAUAUACCAAGCCCGAAGUUCAUAUUCGUCUUAAAAAUCAAGAUUUAGAUACAAUUCGACAUAAAAUAACGAAUUAUUGGGAUUCAGUAGCUGAUAGAAUAAAAAAUUUCAAUUAUGAGAUUGUUCAGCCAGAUAAGGUUGAAAUGUGCAAACAAGAAAUGUUAGAAAUGUCAAGAAGAGUUGUGACAGAAAAGAAAUUUAUGCUUCAAAAACUUCAACAAACAUAUGUUAAUAGCCCACCUGAAGAUACCUUGGCAUUAAAUAAUGUAUUAUGUGUUCUCCAAAAUAAAGUUGUGGAAUGGGAUAAAGAUUUUAAUGAUAUUGCUCGACAAUAUUUUCGACUAACCGCAAAACAAAUAAGGAGAUUUUUUGUUGAUAAUCAUGAAGCGAUUACUUUACGUGGUUAUUCGAGCUCAUUUUUCGAUGAUUUGCCAUUGAUAAGUAUGGAUCUUGACACUGUAUUAGAUUCUAAGACCAAUGAUUCUAUUGGUCCUACGAUUGUUCCAAAAUUAGGAAGUUCUCCUACAGCGGAUCUUAUUAUAAAUGGACUUAAAGAGUUAGAUUUCUUUAAUGAAGGAGAAAUUGAAAGUCUUGAAAAUGACAUAGAAAAGGUCGCUUCACAAUUGACCUUGUUUCCAUUUAUGGAUCCAAAGGUUUCUAGGCGUUUAUCAAUGAAAUGGAUGCAAGAAUCUAAAUCAUGUCAAAGACAAUUAAUAACUCGCACACCAUCAGAAUCAAUCUUUCCAGCUAUUCCUGACAAACAAGAAGAUUGCGAUUUUACUCAAACAACUGAAAUACCUCAUAUAAUACCAUCUACUAUUAAACAAAGGCAUGCUGCAUCAUCACCUUCCUUGUUAGUAUUUUCAGAUUCGCACAACACAAACGGGCGUAGUAACACAUUACCUUCUAAGCAAAAUCGGGUAUCGUCAUUACAAUCUCCUGCAAAAUCGUCAUCAACAUCUCGAAUUAGUCGGUUACAGCAAGUAUUAGAAAAAGAAAGCAAUGUACAAGAUUAUCCUUCACUCAAAAAGAUACAAACUAAGAGAAAUCAAAAUAUAGCCUCUGAAAAAUCUGGAAUUCCUCGUCAAAUUCCAAAAUCUAACAGAUCAUCUACAUUUAAACAUACUUUACCGGAUGGUUAUGGACUUUCUGCAAUAAGAUCUCAUGAAAAUAGAAAAAAUAAAUUAGCUAGUUUUUAUAAAUCAAAACGUAGGCCAACUAUUCUACCCUCUAAGCCAAUUAUUGAAGUUUAUAACAAUGCAAAGGACGCUACUGCAGAAGAAUCAGAUUGCUCUGAUGACUCUGAUGAAGGUAUAGAUGAUUGUCCCGAACGAUAUUACGAUGAUGAAAGACGAAUUUUCUCAUUAAAUCGUACAGAUGUAUUUGACGAAUUGUUGGGAAAUGAAGAAUUUGCUACAUUACCCGGUCGAGAACCAUCGGAUGAAACAUAUAUAUAUCAUUCCGCAUUGGCAUUUUUAGGAAGUGAUCUCAAUGAACCAACUACACCAGUAGCAGAAUCAUUUUCAGGAUCCAGUAGAUAUUUACUUCCAAAUGAUGCAAGUGAUUCUUCUAAUGUACAAAGGGUGAUGAGAUCUAUUACAAGCUUUUGGACCGAUAAAAAAAAUUUAGAUCCACUGAUUUAUCCUUUAAAUCCGACAGAACAUGUUUUUUCCGACUCUUCAAUUAUUGUUAGAGAAGAUGAACCGGGGUCAAUAAUAGCUUUUGCAUUGAGUUCAAAAGAAUACUUGGAAAAAUUGAAGACAGUGCAAAUCAAUCAAACCAAUGAUAUAUUCACAGUAGGAGAUGAUCGAUUUAGUUCUAAAUCUGCCAACUUGAUGCUAGAAGGAGAAGAAACCAAUGAAGUAGAGGAUAAUCUAUUAUCGCAUAUGAAAUAUCAAUUUACCGGUGGCUCUACACAAUUUGUCUGCAAAAUCUUUUGUGCCGAUCAGUUUGAUACACUUAGGCGUAAAUGUGGUUGUGAGAGCACUUACAUACAAUCACUCGCACGAUGUGUUAAAUGGGAUUCGAGCGGAGGCAAAUCCGGCUCCGCUUUUCUCAAAACUCGAGAUGAUCGCCUUGUCAUGAAACAAAUUUCUCGUAACGAAGUGGAUGCGUUCUUAAAAUUCGCUCCAAAAUAUUUUGAAUACAUGGCUAAUGCCUUAAUUCACCUUCCUACCGUAUUGACCAAAAUUUUUGGAUUUUAUCGCAUUGGGUAUAAAAAUGAACAAAAUGGAAAACAUUUAAAUAUAAAUGUUAUUGUCAUGGAAAACCUUUUCUAUGAGCGUAAAGUGUCAAAAAUAAAACUUCCAUAUUUAAUUAUUGCAUUGAUAGAAACUAUUCCUAAUUUAAUGAACAUAAUUAUUCGAAAUUUACAGAUUUUUGAUCUAAAAGGAUCCAUGCGAAAUCGCCAUGUACAGAGUACCGGAAAAGAAAAUGAGGUUUUAUUAGAUGAGAAUUUAUUAGAACGUAAGAGGGUUUUUGAUAUUUUAGAUUCAAUCCAAUUUAAACAUGCAAAGAAACUUUUACAUGAAUCAUUGUUCAACGAUACAUUAUUCUUGGCGAGACAUAACGUAAUGGACUAUUCUCUCUUGGUCGGAAUCGAUGAAGAAAACCGUGAAUUAGUUGUUGGAAUACUUGAUUUCAUACGGACAUUUACAUGGGACAAGAAACUUGAAAGUUGGGUUAAAGAGACAGGAUUUUUAGGUGGUGGUGGAAAAGAGCCGACUAUUGUUACACCUCGUCAAUAUAAAAAUAGGUUUAGAGAAGCUAUGGACAGAUAUUUCCUUAUGGUUCCUGACCGAUGGAUUGCUUAUAAAACAUAUCGUAAAGCUGGUCGUGUUCUUUAA